AUGGGCCUCAAAUUGUACGGGUUUUCCCACUCGACCAACACCCAGCGUGUUGUCCUCGUCCUUAACGAGUUGAAGGUCCCGUUUGAAUAUAUCAGCGUCGACCUAUCGAAGGGUGAGCAUAAGAAUGAGGAUUAUAUGAAGAUUCAGCCCUUUGGCUGUGUUCCCUGCAUUGACGAUGAUGGUUUUGUUCUCUACGAGAGUCGAGCUAUUUGCCACUACAUAGUAACUAAAUACGCCAGUCAAGGCACGCCUUUGGUCCCAUCGGAGCUUAAAGCGAACGCUCUCUAUGCACAGGGCUUGAGUCUUGAAGUUGGCAGCUUCGAUGCCGCUGCUGCUCCCCUUGUUUAUGAGAAGCUAUUUAAGCCAUACCAAGGCAAGACCCCGGAUGAACACUCCGUUAAGCUAUUCGAGUCAAACCUUCUACAAUGUCUGGAUGGAUACGAGAAAAUCCUGAGCAAGCAGAAGUAUAUCGGGGGCAACGAGCUAACGCUUGCCGAUCUUUACCACCUCCCUUACCUUACCCUACUCCCCCAAGUUGGGUGCAAUGCCGUUGACGAAAGACCUUCCGUGUCUAGAUGGGCUAAAGAGAUCCUCGCUCGGCCAACGUGGAAAUCUCUCAUGGAGGACGGCGUAAAGGGUUCUGCUUAA